GAAGAAGAAGAAGAGAGGAAUUUAGUGAGAGAUGGUGGUGAGGAAAGUGGGGAAGUAUGAGGUGGGAAGGACGAUCGGAGAAGGAACAUUCGCCAAAGUCAAGUUCGCUCAGAACACCGAGACUGGCGAGAGUGUCGCCAUGAAAAUCCUCGAUCGAAGCACCAUUAUCAGGCACAAGAUGGUCGAACAGAUUAAGAGGGAGAUAUCCAUAAUGAAGCUUGUCAGACAUCCUUAUGUUGUCCGUCUACACGAGGUUAUAGCAAGCCGGACAAAGAUCUACAUAAUCUUAGAAUUCAUCACAGGUGGCGAGUUAUUUGAUAAAAUAGUUCACCAUGGACGACUUAGUGAAGCUGAAGCUCGUAGAUACUUCCAACAGCUGAUCGAUGGUGUGGAUUAUUGCCACAGUAAAGGAGUAUACCACAGAGAUUUGAAGCCUGAAAAUCUUUUGCUAGAUUCCCAAGGAAAUCUGAAAAUUUCAGAUUUUGGACUUAGUGCAUUACCUGAACAAGGAGUCAGCCUUCUUCGGACAACUUGUGGAACUCCUAACUAUGUUGCACCUGAGGUUCUUAGUCACAAGGGUUAUGAUGGUGCUGUGGCAGAUGUUUGGUCAUGUGGGGUCAUCCUUUAUGUGCUGAUGGCAGGUUAUCUCCCGUUUGAUGAGGUUGAUCUCACCACGCUGUAUGGAAAGAUUGAGACAGCAGAGUUUUCAUGUCCAUCUUGGUUUCCAGUUGGAGCAAAAUCUUUGAUUAAUCAAAUUCUAGACCCAAACCCUGGGACACGUAUUCGGAUUGAGGAGAUUAGGAAUGAUGAGUGGUUUAAAAGAGGUUAUGAUCCUGUCAGACUUCUUGAAAAUGAAGAUGUUAACCUAGAUGAUGUGAAUGCUGCUUUUGAUGAUCCUGAGGAAGAACAAGCUAAUGAGAGCAGGAGUGAGGAUGUGGGGCCUCUUGUUCUUAAUGCAUUCGACCUAAUUAUUCUCUCUCAAGGCUUGAACCUUUCAUCAAUAUUUGACCGUGGGCAGGAUUCUGUGAAGCAUCAAACACGCUUUGUUUCCCAGAAAUCAGCGAACGUUGUUUUAUCGAGUAUGGAAGUAGUUGCACAAUCAAUGGGUUUCAAGACACAUAUUCGUAAUUAUAAGAUGAGGGUGGAGGGUCUCUCAGCCAAUAAGACAUCUCACUUCUCGAUAAUUCUGGAAGUGUUUCAAGUUGCCCCCACAUUUUUGAUGGUAGAUAUUCAGAAAGCAGCUGGAGAUGCUAGUGAAUAUCUCAAGUUUUACAAGAACUUUUGUGGCAAUCUUGAGGAUAUCAUAUGGAAGCCACCCAGUGAAUCCCAUAAAUCAAGGAUUACAAAGACCAAUGGUAAAAAGCGUUGAAUUUCCACCUUCUAGCAUUAUCUACUCAAGUUGUGUUCUAUACCAUGUUGACCUGCGUAUUUCGAGAUUACUUGUCAUAUGCCACAAUCUUAAUCGGUUUCCAUAUAGUUUACCAAACCCCUAUACUUUUUUUCCUUUUUUUCCCCAACCUCUAAUCCCAUUAGAUAGCUAUGUUUCUCCGGCAGAGGUUGGUGAAAAAGAUUCCCAGUUUUGUAUGAUUACUGUAAAUCUCUUUAUAUGUAGAUGUGUCUUUUGUCACACUCUAAUUCCAUUUUGUGGGCUAGUGAUGUACAAUCCGACUCCCUUGCCCAUUCAACUUCUUGAAGG